GAAGAGGCUGUUUGGAGUCUGCAUUCGGGGAUUGCCUGCACCUUUGCAGCGCGCGCGCGCGUGUGUGUGUUUGUGAAUGUGUGCAUAACGAGUCUAUAUUUGAGAGAGUGAACAGAGACUGAGCGCAUUUCUGACACGGAGCUCGGUUUGUCAAAAGCCCCACUUUGCGGCUGAACAUCUGGAUCGUGACGCGUCCCUCCAAUCAUUAACCAAUUAGGAACGCUGGUUAUUUAUAAUAUUUAUUUUUGGACUGAAAGGUAUUUUUUAAUUUUUUUUUCUUCACAAUCCUGCAGAUCCUUCAGCUCGUCGUCUCUGUCAGGAGAUGAUGUGUGGAGCUCGAGGACGGAGUGCGUCAACUGAGCGCGCGCACAGCAUCCAACAAGUGGACGCAUGACUUCUCUGGCUGCAGACGACCCACUGGAGAAGAAACACACGCGUUAAGGCGAUUUGUAACCUAUAAUUUAGUGCGGAUCGGGGGGGGGGGGGGGGAUGUCCCCCUCCUGAGGAGCUCAGAUGUGGAGAUAUCGGAGCUGCUGAGGGUGGAGGAUCGGAUCGUUUGUGCGCAUCGUGUCUGUUUGGUGUCACGCUUGUUUUAGAGGCUGAUUUGUGUUGUAGAACUGAACUGCAAUGAGGUAAGACACCCCCACACACCUUUCUAACCCUCCUCUUGAUUCACGGACCCUAAAAGGAAGAUCAAGGCUGCGGAAGCCUCCAGCCCCUGCAUGCCCUCCAUCCAUGGACUCGGCUCUCCGUUCCCUCGGUGACCGCGGGGGGAAGUUGGGCUUUCCUCUGUAGGCAUUUGUUUUGUUCAUGACGAGGGCGCAGGUGGAAGCCACAGCUCGAAGUCAUCAUGCCGAUGCACCCAGUCACCUCCACGCUGAUGUACCGGGGCAUGUGCACCAUCCCCGACAUCCUGUCCUACAGCGCCCCGGUGAAUCUGCCCGAAGACGAGGUUGAAGAGAUCCGAGAGGCCUUUAAAGUGUUUGAUCGCGAUGGGAAUGGGUUCAUCUCAAAGCAGGAGCUGGGGAUGGCCAUGCGCUCCUUGGGCUACAUGCCGAAUGAGGUGGAGCUGGAGGUCAUCAUCCAGAGAUUGGACAUGGACGGUGAUGGCCAGGUGGACUUCGAGGAGUUUGUUACUCUUUUGGGUCCAAAGCUGACAGCCUCCGGGAUGCCAGACAAGUUUAACGGCACUGACUUUGACUCAGUGUUUUGGAAGUGUGACAUGCAGAAGCUGACGGUUGAGGAGCUGAAGAGGCUUCUGUACGACACCUUCUGUGAUCAUCUUUCCAUGAAAGACAUCGAGAACAUCAUUAUGACCGAGGAGAAUCACAUAGAGAACCCCGAGGACUGCCAAGUGGAUAUAGACAGUUCCAGCCCAACGCAACAAGUCAAGCAAACCUGCGUGCGCAAGAGCCUGAUCUGCGCCUUCGCCAUCGCUUUCAUCAUCAGCGUCAUGCUCAUUGCAGCCAAUCAGGUGCUGCGAAGUGGCAUGAAAUAGGAGCUGUGGCAGUUUUCGGCCUUGAUUUCCAUCUAAAGGCUUCAUUAACGUAAAAGACAACUUUUUUUUUUUAAAAAAAAGGACAAAUACAGACAAUCACACAAGUGAGACACGUCGACAGAUGACUGGAGAGUAACUGGAGCCGCAGAGGACACUAAACGUGUCUCGUCUUGACAAACGGACAGUUUCAAGAGCAAAAGGACCUCACAUAUAAAGACACAGCAAUGUGUUUGUGGUGGACGGCCAACAACACAUAUCAACCGCCACAAAACAACCCGGAGUAUCCGUUAGCUAUGCGCGUUGAGCAGAGUUACAUUCAGUUCGGUGGCAGCUAUAGAGAGAAGUGUAGUGACUGUGCAGUUCUGUUUUUUGUCCAGUGUACCAUGUGCUUCAAUGUAAACAGUGGAAAGAAUCAGUGAGAAAAUGUCCAACUGUUGGUGAAAUGCAUUAACGAGGCAGAAGAAUGCUCCAGGAUGAAAGGUGCGGUGUGCUCAGUGCAGCGCGGCGCAACGUUGUCUCACAUCCUUUCGGGAAUAAGAAUUGCUUUCUCAGAAUCAAAGAUCACAGGAAAGGUUUGCAGGGAGGCGAUCGUGUGGAUGGUUUCACUCAUUCACAGCAUUGCUGAGCUUCGGUGUGAUCAGAACAAAGCAGGGUGAAGCAGGUUAACACUUCUUUAAAAACAGCACUGAUGGAUGUGGACAGACAUGUUGUAAACACUUGACACCCUCAGCUUUGCAGGCCUCAAAGGAUGACUAUCAUCUAUGCAUGAAAUGCAUGGAUUUAAACCCUCGUCUUUGCACAUUUGUGAUAGUUCUUAUCAAUGUAGUAGUCAUCAUCACUGUGUAACAGAACUGUUGUCAAACAACUGUGAGCGAGAGAAUUGAUGCAAGGUGAGCAGUUGCAAAAAAAGCAAAGCAUAGAACUAUAAAAAGAAGGGCUUCUUUAAGAAAGGCGGGUUGAAAACAAACAGGAACUCUUGCUUAGUUAUGGAGACAAAACGCCUUGGCAGGCAGCCGUUCAUUUCACACCACCACAGGAGAGCAAAUGUCUUUAAGCUGCGUCACUGAAUAGUUUAAAAUAUGCAUUUAGACUGAUCUGGUUGGUAACAGGAAUGUGGUUGUAAAAGAAUGUACUUUGGUCCUAAUUUCUAUCUGGAUGCAUUGCUGUAGAGCAAUAACUGAAAUAAAUGUGUCAUCACGCUGUGGUCAGACAAACACUCAGCUGUCACUGGA